AUGCGGCAGCGGUGCUCUGCGCGGUGGCCGGCUGCGACCACCGUGCGUGCCACGCAGGCCCCUUCCAGGUGGCCUACAUGUAUUGAUGCGAUUGAAGAAGAUGGCGAAUGUUUUGCGAGCGCAUGCGUGUCCUUGCCGAUGACGGCUGGUUGGAGCAAGCCAUGCUCUCAUUCUCGUCUUGAUAAGUGGGGCGAGCCGUGCUCUGCUCUUCAUGUUGGGUGGACCUCAUUCUGGGAUGAAAUUGCCCCAGUCUUCGUCGAAGGCGCACUUUACGUCAGGCUCAUGUAUCAGGAAGAUGAUCACAUUGCAGUUCUCAAGUACGACCUGGUAUCUAACUGCUUGUCGCUGAUUGAUGCACCAUUGGCUGGGUCUAUCCUUCUCAAUGCCACUAUCCUCAUGGCGAUGGAUGAUAACAGUUUGGGGUUUGCACAUGUGGAUAAGGUAACACUCCACUUGUGGUCAAGGCACACGGGUUCCAACGCCAUUGCCUCAUGGACUCAGCGUUCUGUCAUCAAUCUUAAUAACCAUCUCCCGAUUCAAAAUCCCAAUAAAAGACUUAGACUGAUUGGAUCUGUGGAGGGCAGAGAUAUCAUUUUCGUGACCAUGGGCCUUGACAUCUACGAGCUUAAUCUCAAGACAUUACGGUGGAAGAAGCUACAGAAGAGAGAAAAGCUUCGUGGUCUGAUUCCAUACAUGAGUUUCUACCAUCCACAAGAAACAGUGAUCCCCAGUGAUGCGGCGCGAUGAUGUAUGGUUGAGUAUGCCUAGGGUAUGAGGCCACUCUCAGCUCCAAGAUAGGCGAC